AUGUACUUCAGAGAGCUGGAGUGGGGACAUGACCUCACCUGGGGGCACCACCCUGCAUGGGCCUCCAGUCAGAACCUCAUCCUGCCGUCCACCUCCCACCUCGUCAGAGUGCCCAGUCUUUCUGGGGACUCUUACCCACGUUAUUUUCCUAGUUCCCCUUCCCUGGAGACUCUGCGGAAUGCUGUUCCAUGCAGUCUAACUCCCCAAACCUGUUUCCCAUCUUCUUCCCACUGGACAAGGGCAGAAGGAACCUCAACUUUUCAGGACCUGCAGACCUUCAGCUUCCCACCCACAGCCACCUUGACCUCCCGGCCCUCAGCGGAGCAAGUCACCGUAGCCCUCUCUGGUGUCACAGUUGGCGGCAGUGGAGAGUCCACAGAGCUCCAUCUCUGGGUCUCCUCUCCCCUGGCCCACACGCUUUCCCCUGGUGGAAUCUCCAUCCUUACAGCCCCUGUGACCAGUGUAGACACCUCCCAGGCGACACUCAUCUGUGCUGACAGCUCAGCUACCAGGCAGGUUCUGGAAAAAUCCAGAGAGUCCACAGAGCAGAGAGAGAUGGCUCUGGCNNNGCUGCUGCGCGAGGACGACAACAAGUACUGCGCCGACUGCGAGGCCAAAGGUCCCCGAUGGGCUUCCUGGAAUAUUGGUGUUUUUAUUUGCAUCAGAUGUGCUGGAAUUCAUAGAAAUCUUGGGGUUCAUAUAUCCAGGGUUAAAUCAGUCAACUUAGAUCAAUGGACGGCAGAACAGAUACAGUGCAUGCAAGAUAUGGGAAAUACUAAAGCAAGACUACUCUAUGAAGCCAAUCUUCCAGAGAACUUUCGAAGACCACAGACAGAUCAAGCAGUGGAAUUUUUCAUCAGAGAUAAAUAUGAAAAGAAGAAAUACUACGAUAAAAAUGCUAUAGCUAUUACAAAUAUCUCCUCUGAUGCACCCCUCCCGCCUGUGGUGUCCUCUCCCUCUCUGCAGGCUGCAGCUGAGAAGAGCAAGCUGGAGAAAGAAAAGGAAAAAAAAAAGGAAGAGAAAAAGAGAGAAAAGGAGCCAGAAAAGCCUGCAAAACCACUUACAACUGAAAAGCUGCAGAAGAAAGAAGAUCAGCAACAAGAGCCUAAGAAAAGCCCCAGCCCCAAGAAGGCUGCAGAGCCCACUGUGGACCUCCUGGGACUUGAUGGCCCUGCUGAGGCGCCAGUAACCAACGGGACCGCACCCGCGCCAACCCUGAGUGAUGACCUGGACAUCUUUGGACCCAUGAUUUCAAACCCCUUACCUGCAACCGUCAUGCCUCCAGCUCAGGGGACAUCCUCUGCACCCACAGCUGCCUCCCUGUCUACGGUGACAUCUGGGGACCUGGAUCUGUUCACAGAGCAAACCACAAAGUCAGAAGAGGUGGCCAAGAAGCAGCUCUCCAAAGACUCCAUCUUGUCUCUGUACGGCACAGGGACCCUCCCACAGCAGAAUGCUCCCGGUGUUUUCAUGGGACCCACAAACAUGCCGUUUACCUCACAAGCGCCAGCUGCGUUUCAAGGUUUCCCACCACUGGGAGUGCCAGUGCCCGCAGCUCCCGGCCUCCUGGGUCCCGUGAUGGGGCCCAACGCAGGUGUGAUGGUGGGUGUGCCCAUACCCAAUGGCUUCAUGGGCGGCACACAGACGGGCGUGAUGCCACUCCCACAGAACGCUGCUGGCCCCCAGGGAGGACUGGGGACCCAGAUGGGUGCACCCCAGAGCAAGUUUGGCCUGCCGCAGGCACAGCCACCUCCAUGGGGCCUCUCCCAGGUAAACCAGCAGAUGGCUGGCCUGAGUGUGAGCGGCACAGCCCCUGCGGCGGUCUUCAGCCAGCCAGCCAGCACCACAGCAGGCUGGGCAGGAAGCUCGUCGGGGCAGACCCUCAGCACUCAGCUGUGGAAGUGAGCACUGCUGCGGGAGUCCAUCCAGACCCACGGCCAACAUUCCUCGCCAAACGCAUUGAGCCCCGUCUCCUCAUGUACAUACAUUUUUCUUUGUGCCCAUUCGUCCUACUGAGAAUUCUCCGACAGCUGUGUGGUCCUGCCGACUCGGUCGAUGAACCACCUCACGUCGAGGGUGGCCUACUCCGUUUCCCGCGAUGUCCUCGGCCACAGAAUUGAGACGCUGCUCAGUCGACGUGCAUAAUCAGUUUCACUCUCAAUAAAAUUAUAGCUCUGACGUUUGCGUAUAAGGGAAGUAGUUAUCAUGUUAGUAAUACCUCUAACAGUAUACCCCCACCCCAAAUUAGCCGGUAAUUCUGUAGGAAGGUCCUGUAUGAUCAGAUGUUUAAUCCUAUAAAUAGAAUGUCAGCGUAUCACAGAGCACUGGAUGUAGUGUGUUGAGAUCCUCCUGUCCCAUCCUUCACUGUGCUGUGGUCAUGGUGUGUGGGGAACGUGGCUGUGAAAGGAAGAUAAGCCUGGAUGUUACUACGGAAUCUGGAUUAAUGAAUGUCUAGAGUUCGGAUUUUAUCUGCCUCUCUGUAAUUGGGAUUCCUCUUCUGUACAUAGUGCUUACGUGAAGACCUUUUCUGCACUAUAUGCAAACAGGGUAACUAAAACAAAGCCACUUUCAACUCUUGAAGGUAUAUCCAGGUUUAUGACAGUAAUUGUGUUUACAUUUUUUGGUGCCUAGUAUUGACAAAUGUUAUUUCCCUAUAUUAAACAGAUGGAUCCACA